GAGUUGUUUGGGCUGAAUCUCCCCGGCCCAUUGUACGACCCAUUGCACACCAUUGUACUAAAUUACACGAUGUACAUAAUAACCGCUGAAACAUUCAUUGCUGUCCCUUUCGGUAGUUAUCGGAAGAGUAUCCGAUAUUUUAGAAACCAAUCAAAACAUAGUACGAGUGCCAGCGAGUAUACGAGAGUUGAAACGCUGCGAUUUUUAGCGCGGGCUCAGAACGGAAGCGAGGAAACGGACAGAGAAAAAUUUGCAUUGUUGUUGUUUUGUGUUGGCUUUGAGGUGCUCGGCUCGUACAUCGGUUGUUAUAUAUUCCAUGCAGUCCUUGUAGGAAAAGAAAAUAAGCUUACUAAAGAAAUGGCCGCUUCAAGAACGAUUCAACUUAGAAAGAGAUUCUGUGGCAAGACCGGGAGCGUUUUAUCGAUGUUGUUUAUGACUUCGUCUUUCUUCCUUGUCGAAAUUGUUGUCGGUUACGCCACAAAUUCGAUGGCGCUUGUAGCCGAUUCAUUUCACAUGCUCUCCGACAUCAUGUCAUUGCUGAUCGGGUUCUUCGCUUUACGGUACUCAAAACGCAACCAGCGGACAGAAAGAAACACUUUUGGCUGGCAAAGAGCUGAAGUUUUAGGAGCGUUGGUAAACGCAGUGUUCUUAAUUGCGUUGUGCUUUUCCAUACUGGUGGAAUCACUGAAGCGGAUUGCAGAGACCGAGGUCAUAAAUAACCCAAUACUUGUGCUUAUUGUCGGAGUGGUCGGCUUGCUCGUGAAUGUGAUCGGCUUGGUUCUUUUCCAUCGACACGGCCAUGGACACAGCCAUGGAGGCAGUGGACAUGGCCACAGUCAUGGAAGUUCAAAUGGAGCGGAUUUGAAAGAACUGCUUCAAGCUCAAAAUGGCGAAGGAAAUGGCGGUCAGGGCUCCAGGAAGUCAAAUCAGUCGUCUGAAGAUGAAAGUGAAAUGAAUAGUGAAACUCCAAAUGGUGUCGUGCCCGAAGUUUUGCUGUCGGGUGAAAAUGGGAAAGUACGAACAGUUGUUUCCAAAUCCAGUCCAUCUCGCUUGAAGGUCAAGUCUAGUGCGCAGCUGAACAUGCGAGGUGUGUAUCUCCAUGUACUUGGCGAUGCCCUGGGAUCUGUUAUCGUCAUCAUCAGCGCUGUGAUCAUCAAGUUUGCAUCAGGCAAGUGGACUAUUUAUGUUGAUCCAGGCAUGAGCAUAUUCAUGGUUCUUCUUAUACUGAAGACAUCCAUUCCGCUGAUGCGCGAGUCAUCGCUGAUCUUGCUCCAGACUGUCCCUACACACAUCAAGAUCAAGGAAGUACAGGAUCGUUUGCUUGACAAUGUGGAAGGCGUGUUGAGCGUUCAUGAAUUCCAUGUUUGGCAGUUGGCUGGGAAUAAGAUUAUUGCAUCUGCCCAUAUUACGUGUCGAUCUCCAGAUGAUUACAUGAACAUAGCCAAUAAGAUCAAGAGGUUCUUCCACAAUGAAGGAAUCCACUCCACGACCAUCCAACCAGAAUUUGUUGUUGAAGAUAAGAAAAAUAGCGAGUGUGCACUGGAGUGUGGGCAGGACAACAACUGUGCUGCACAAAAAUGUUGCCCUGGGGACAAUGAAACUGAAAUGCGCAAGCGUGUCGCAAUGACAGAUGGUGAAGGUCAGCUGGUAAAUCAUAUCACAAUGGUUUAAAUAAUUCUUUCAUGUAACAUUUUAUGUUCAAAAAAUUCAAAACUGCAAGUGUUAACUUGACUUAAAUAGUAGCAAUAUCUGUCUAACGAGCCCUGAUGGUUUAAUUAAAGGAGAAUUUAAGUAACAAUGAUGGUGACAUCAAUUACAAACUCAAUUAUUAAAUGAAGGAAUCGUCAUGAAGUUUUUUACUCUUGCCAAAACUCUCUCAAAACUGAAUAUGGAAUGCAGCUAUAACUUAAAAAAAAA